AUGUAUCAUGGUGUGGAGAAGCUGAAACUCAAGUAUUCAAAAGACGGGUGUGUCACUUGCAAGAUCAGGAAGAAGCGGUGCUCGGAGGACAAGCCUGUAUGCAGGGACUGCCGUCGCUUGAGUUUCCCAUGCAUCUACAUAUCGGAACCGAUGGAUAAGCAGUCUUUGAAGAAGAUAAAGGCUGACAUACAGCAUCAGUUGGUCCAUAAGAAAAAAAAGCACGCUGCUGACGGGGACCAGCGGGCGGCCAUGGUCAAUUAUGUGCGGCGUAGCCAUGAGGAUGAAUACGAUAAUCAGAUAUACCUGUCGAAACCGCUGGAGGACUGCAUUUCUCAGAAGCUAGACUCGAUGGGGCUGCAGUUAUACAACUACUAUAGGUCACAUCUGGCUAACAUCAUUUCCAUUGCGCCCAUGAACCAGAACUACUACUUGAAUAUUUUCUUGCCCAUGGCACACGAGAACGACGGUAUCCUGUUCGCCAUUCUCGCUUGGUCGGCAAACCAUUUGUCGAUAUCUUCCUCUAAUGAGUUCCGAAAGGACGAGAUAUUCGUCAACCUGGCGAACAGGUACACAUUUAUGUCGCUAACACAUCUCAAAACCAGCGAGGAUUCAAAUGUUUAUGACAAACUAAGUUUCUUGUAUUCGCUAGCGCAAAUCUUGAUUCUAUGUGGCUCGGAGAUUUGCCAGGGUGAUGUGAAGUUCUGGAAAAUACUGCUGAAUAUUGGGAAAAACUUAAUCGAGAACCAUGUUGGCAAGGACAUUUCCCAUAUACUGACCACAACCACAGAGGAGGCCCCUCUAGAGGAGAGAGUUAUCUUCCCUAAUUUCAACUCUGUUGUUAAAUACUGGCUGAUCGUGAACUUUAUAUACCACGACAUUUUAAACUUCAAUACUACAUCUUUCCCCAUCGAACAGUAUGAGAAAUUCUUCCAAAGAGAACAUACCUCGCUGCCCAACUCAGUCAGCUUUAUAGAGCCGGCGGACUCGCCGAUCGAAGAAAUAGACCCUUUGAUCGGAAUCAACAAGCCUAUUCUUUUAUUACUGGGCCAGGUAACGAAUUUGACAAGAUUCCUACAAACCAUGGAACAGGAGGAAAUGCUAGAGCAUGGGGAUAAAAUACUUAAUUUGCAAGUCGAGCUCUAUAAAUUACAGCCUUCGCUGAUGGCGUUGGACUGUUUAGACGAUAAUAAACAAUUCUGCUAUCUAGAGUUAUUCGAAAUAAUGAAAAUCUCCACGUUGAUGUUUUUCCAGAUAACACUGUUGAAGAUCGACAAAGGUUCGCUGGAGUUGCAAAUACUGCUCAAUAGACUAAAUUCCAAGUUGGACACGGCCAUUGGAACUUUUUUGGAAGGCUCGUUGUGCUUCCCACUUUUCAUUUACGGUGUGUGUCUCGGGAUCGACGACAUAGAAAAGAAAUUAGAUUUGGAAGCCAAAUUUGAUGAUAUUUUAAAACGAUAUAAAUGCUAUAAUUUUCAAAACGCAAGAUUACUAAUACGGAAAAUAUGGCAAAAUGAAGCAGAGGGAAACGACGAACAUAACUUGGUGCAUAUGAUUGAUGAGUUGGACUUCAAUAUUAAUUUCGCGUAA